AAGCAUUAGUCGUUAUUAAGAAGUUGUACUAAGCUAACACGCUUUAAACUUAAGGUCUAAGCGUUAACUUGAAGUUGGUGGAGUUUAGCAAAAAUAUUCAAAAUACAAAUUUAAUACAAAAAAAAAAUAAAAAAUAAUUUAAACAAAUUUUUUAAAAAUUUGUAAAAAGAAAAAAAAGAAACAAAAAAACCCAUUAAAAAAAGGCUGAUAUUUUAAAUAAUUUUUCUUUAAAUUUAACUAGAAAAAAAUACUCAUUAAAAACAAACAAAAUGAAAUUCUUUAACAUUACCCUACUUUUUGUUAUUUUUGCUUUGGCCUGCCACUUGAGUUUCACUGUGGCUGAUGAAGGAGCAGCUGGUAAACGUAUUGCCCUUAGACGUCCCGUUGGUAAAUCAGCCAAACCAUCGACAACCACAACACAAGCACCCGCUGAAGAUGAAGAGGGUGACUAUGCCGAAAAUGGUGAAGACAACCAAUACACUGAUGAAGGUGAAGAUGCUGCCUCAACAACAACCACCACAACCACAACAGAGACACCUAAGCGUAUUGGACCCGUUAUUAGACCAUUCCGCUCUAACGACGAUUUCUUGAACUCCCUAAAACGUAGACAAAUGAUUGCCAAGAAAAACAAAUCGGAUAAACCAGCACCUAAACCCAGCAAACCUGCACCUUCCCAAGACUCACAAGAAGAAGCUGAAGAAUCCGCCCCAGUAGCUGCUCCAGCUCCUGCCAAUAAAGGUUUCAACAAACCUAACUCGGCAUUAAACCGUCGCAAGUUGAACAAACCCUCAAAACCUGAACCAGUUGAUGAUGCUGCCGCAGAAGAAUCUGAACCAGAACAAAAAGAAGAAGCUAAACCCAAACGUCCUUUGGGCCGUUUAGCUUUAAGGAAACGCAACUAACUUAAAUAUUUAAUAUAAAACCUAUUCUUUUUUUUAAAAAAAAAAUCAAUCUAUUUUCAAAAUCUCUUUUUAUUUCUAUAAAUCUUUCUCUCUCUCUCUAUCUCUUUCUUUUACAACUACUUCUUGUUUCUUUAAGCAGAAUUUGCCAAAACUAUAAUCCGUUAGUCUCUAUUUUGAUUUGUUUGUAAUGUUUAAAUCAAAAUAUUUAAAUACUGCCUUAAUUAUUAUUUUUGUUUUAUUUUUUUAAUUUUUAUUGUCAAUUUAUAACUUUUAGGUUUUAGUUUAAGUUAAAACGCGUAGAAGGAAUGUAAACAUAUGAUUUCUUUUUGUUUGUAUUUUCACAUUUUCCCAAUAUAAUUUUCCUGCUCUUUAUUGUGUGAAUUUGAGUUUCUCUUUCUGUUCAUGUGUGUUAUAAUAUUAUUUUUUAUAUUAUACUAUAAAUAUUUUAUUUUGUAUAUAUUUCUAUUAAAAUAAAAAACAACAACAAAUCGAUAUUAUUUUUAUUAUUUUAAAAAUUAAGACAAAACCGGAAAAUUUGUCGAAAUUAAUUUUAUUAAUAAAAUAAAUUAAAAAUAAUUGGAAAACAAA